AUGGACCUGGAGAAAAAGCCGUUGUCGGCGUCGCCAAACAAGAAUAGUUCCUUCUCUUUGUUAGGUAAAAGCUCUGAUGGUUCGGACUUGUCAGCGUCCUACAAGACAAUAUCGGAUGAAAUCUGCAAGUGGCCCGCACAAAGGCUGCCGACCGCCUUUGAAAGAACGUUGUCCGAAGUGCCGAGUUAUAGCAAAGUGAAAAAGGCAAACCGCAUGGCAGAUUACCAUGUAAAGAUAGUCGUCGUGGGAGAUGGGGCCGUAGGCAAAACUUGUCUACUCAUAUCAUACACCCAGGGAACUUUUCCCCAGGAGUAUGUGCCAACCAUAUUCGAAAACUACGUCACAAAAGUUCAGGGCCCUAAAAACAAAGUCAUAGAGCUUGCGUUGUGGGAUACUGCCGGUCAGGAAGAGUACAACAGACUAAGGCCUCUCUCGUACACGGACGUCGAUCUUCUCCUGGUAUGCUAUUCGGUGGAUAAUAAAACGUCUCUUUUCAACGUCGAAGAGCUCUGGGUUCCAGAAGUUAAACAUUUUUGUCCUGGAGUGCCGAUUUUUCUUGUGGGGCUUAAGAGUGAUUUAUAUGCGUCUGACAACCUCAGAGACCUGGUAGACCCCAAAGAAGCGGAGCUGGUCGCCAAAAAGCUCGGCGCCUCAGCGCACUUCCAGUGUUCUGCUAAACUGAGGCACAAUAUUGACGAAUUGUUCGGGCUUGCCCUGAACACACUAUUAGCGGAUGCUAUGAAGGACGAUAAUUAUAAUUCGAUAACCAAGAAAAUCUUUAAGUCCAAAAAGUCUUCCGGGUCUGUGAAUGCUCAACGAGUGAAGAGCUCCCAAGUUCGCAGGAGGCGGCAUUUCUGCACUGUAUUAUAG